AGUCAAGAGCUCCUCACUGAAACUGAACCUCUCACCCUAACAGCAGUGGUUUUCCGUCGGUGGGGGUGUUCUGGGGGCAGUUUUUUUUUUUUUUUACUUCUGGUGAGAGAGGGUGAUGCUGUUCUCUGUUCACUGGGAAUGUAUUGACUGAGGAUCCAACUCUCAGCCUUCCAGCUGGACCCUGCUGCUGCUCUGCACACAGCGUGGGGUUUAAACCAGGACACAGACACACCUGACGGCUGAGCUCUCCCACUGACCAGUCUCCUAAUUAAACCAUGAGGAUCUUCCUCCUGCUCUGCCUGCUGGCGCUAGGCAACGCCAAACCCUACCAGCCAAUCAAUGUCAUGGACUUCUUGAAAAACACUGACAUCAUGAUGGCUGAUGCAAGUGAUGAAGAUGACGAUGAUGAUGAUGAUGAUGAUUAUGAAGAUGAGAACUGUCCGGCCGGUUGUCAUUGCUCACCCAGAGUGGUGCAGUGUUCAGACCAGGGUCAGAUUUCUGUUCCUGAGAAGAUUCCUGAGGACACUGUGUUGCUAGACCUCCAAAACAAUGAUAUCACUGAGAUCAAGGAGAACGACUUUAAAGGCCUCCACAAGCUUCAUGGCCUGUUUCUGAUCAACAACAAGAUCUCCAAGAUUCACCCCAAGGCCUUCAGAAACAUGGCCCAUCUCAGACUGCUGUACCUCUCCUACAACCUGCUGACUGAGAUCCCUGCCAACCUGCCUCCCAACGUUGUCGAGCUCCGCUUCCAUGAAAACAAGAUCAACAGAAUCCAGAAGGAUGCGUUUAAAGGCCUGAGGAAGCUGCAUGUGCUGGAGCUGGGCGCCAACCCUCUGGCCAACAGUGGGAUUGCACUGGGAGCUUUCAACGGCUUGUCGACCCUUUAUAUCGGUAUAGCAGAGGCCAAACUAACCGCUGUACCAAAAGACCUCCCAUCCUCUCUCACAGAGCUGAGCCUGGACUACAACAAGAUCGCUAAAGUGGAAAUAGAAGACUUCAUCAGAUAUAAAAAUCUGCAGAGGCUAGGACUCGGUUUUAACCAGAUCAAGUAUGUAGAAAAUGGCAGCCUUGCCAGCAUCCCAAACGUCCGUGAGAUCCACCUGGACAACAACCGUCUGAAAAAGGUCCCACCGAGCCUCAACACCUUGCGCUACCUCCAGGUGAUUUACCUCCAUGGCAACAAAAUCACCAGUGUGGGAGUCAACGACUUCUGCCCCAUCACACCCAGCGCUAAGAAGAACCUGUACACAGGCAUCAGUCUGUUUGCCAAUCCUGUUAAAUACUGGGACAUCCAGCCGGCCACCUUUCGCUGUGUGAGCGGACGGAGGGGUGUUCAGCUGGGAAACUUCAGAAGGAAGUAGGAAGCGAAAACGAUGCAUUUUAGACAGCUAAAAUACCGAGAACUGCCCAUAUCCCCGUUACAGUAUAAGAAAGGAGAAGGAAAUAAUUGUGAUAGUUAAAACAAGAUCAAACUGGAUUCCUAAAGUGUUUACUGUUUGGAAAUGAGAGAAAAUUUCAUGUUAUAUUGAUGUAUAUUAGAAAGUGUAGUACAUGUUGUUGAAUGCUGGUACCAUUUACACAUAAAGGUUCUCGGCCAGGGAAAAAACAAACAUCACAACAGAACUGUAGUCUGAAUGUUGGGCCUGAAAAUGAAUGUUAAAUCAUAAGCUACAACACAAAGAAAAAUUUCCCAACAGCUACAGCCAGUAUACAGGGGGUGGACGUAAUAACAUUAACAGCUGUUUACUAUAAUGAAAUUCAACAUAAGUGCCCUCCCUGCCUUUGAGAGGUGAUCCUCAGCUUUUAUCCCUGAACUUUUGCUGUGUCUACUUUCCCAGGAAAAGAGCGCCUCCCUCUGGUCACUUGUUGUAUAAUUCCACCCAAUGGUCUGACUUGAGUAGUAUUACAUGCUGAUGCCUUUUUUUAACAAAAGUGAUGCCUUUAAGUUCUUUUCUUUCUAGUUUAAAAAUAAGACAACUUUUAAUAAAAUAUUAAGUAAAAAAAAUUCUAAGUUUUAAACAACAGUGAACAAAAUACUUUCUCCUCUUUUGCCAUUCCUUACAUAUUAUAUUUACGCCUUUUUUGAAGUUGAGACAUGGUAAUCAUCACAGAGGAGUCCCGAUAUGGCCAGAGCUGCAAAAUAACAGGAGCCACCACUUUUAAUCAAUCACAUUUUCCCUCCAGCAGAAGUCUGUAGAGUCAAUGAAUGACGCUGGCAUUACUUAGUGCAAUAAGUCACUCUGAAGCCCCAUGUCUGUCUUUACCUGGAUGUUUUAUAUUAUCUCACUGCAUGUCUGUGUUGUCUUUAUUUAGAAGCUGAGAGCUACAUGUCAGACUGGAUUAUACAUUGUCCUUGAUGUAAACCCAAAAUGUCACUUUGUUUUAAUGAACUGUAGCAACCAGGUGAACUACAAAUAUUAAAAUUAUAAGCAGGUGAUGUAAUUCUCAAUCUGGAAUGUCUGAGAGCAUCUUUACAAACAUGUUUCCUCCAGUGUUCUCUCCUCUGAAAUGGUGCUAUAUUUAUUUAGUAUGUCUUUAAAUAAACCUGGAACACCUCCCCA